UUCUUCUCGAGGAAACUGCGUUUCAUCUGGAUUUGGGUUCGUCGAUUCCCAGAAGAAGAAGAAAGGAGAGAGAGAGAGAGAGAGAGAGAGAUGAGGAGGGUUUUUGGAGUGAAGAAAGAGAAAGAACCUCCUCCGUCCAUACAAGACGCUUCCGAGCGGAUUAAUAAAAGAGGUGAAACUGUGGAUGAGAAGAUUAAAAGGCUUGAUGCUGAGCUCAGUAGAUACAAAGAACAGAUAAAAAAGACACGACCUGGUCCUGCUCAAGAAGCUGUGAAGGCUCGGGCUAUGAGGGUUCUCAAGCAAAAGCGGAUGUAUGAGGGACAGCGUGAUAUGCUCUAUAACCAGACAUUUAACCUUGAUCAGGUUGCAUUUGCAUCUGAGGGAAUUAAAGAUGCUCAACAGACGAUGUCAGCUUUGAAAUCUGCUAAUAAGGAGUUGAAAGGAAUGAUGAAAACUGUGAAGAUUCAGGACAUAGAUAACAUGCAAGAUGAGAUGAUGGAUCUGAUGGAUGUGAGCAGCGAAAUCCAAGAAUCUCUUGGAAGAAGCUACAGUGUACCCGAUGACAUUGACGAGGAUGAACUUUUGGGUGAGCUUGAUGCAUUGGAAGCGGACAUGGGAACGGAGACAGAAUCUGAGGGCGUGCCAGCAUAUCUUCAACCUGACAAGGAACCAGAUUUGGAUGCUGAACUCAAUUUGCCUUCGGCGCCAUCAGGGCAUGCAGCAGGGCCCAACAGACAGAAUGCCCAGGCAGAAGAUGAACUAGGUUUGCCAGCUGUUCCUCGAGCAUCAUUACGUGGUUAGAGAAUGGAUUGAAAUAUCACAUGUGAAAAUUACGUUUCAUAUAUACAUCACCUGAUGUCUUGGAAUUGUGGGUGGUGAUUCUUUGUUAAAACAGAGAAUGCUUUAACACCCUCUGGUUUUAUCACUGUAUUUAUUUAAGGCUGAACUUUGAUAUAUGCUGGUAUUUUCUCAUUAUUCACUUGAAUAUGCUUAGAAUUCUCUCA